AAAAAAAAACUUUUAUCUCGACCAGGUGCAAGCGUUGGAUUUGCAUACGCUCACUCCGAACCCCACCCGUCCCGUCUUAGACCCUCGCCGCCGGUCGUUUUGGGAUCAGCCAGAGAUCACCUUCCCUCCGGCUAAUCUUUGCUCCGGCCGUUAUCUGUUCGCCGUCCUUUCUCUGCCGUCCGGCUCUCUCUCACUCUCUGUCGCUGUACUUGACCUGAAAUGAAAUGGGGAUUCACCAAGCGGAAACCCGCUGAAAGUUACAUGUUGAUGAGAGGUUUCCCGGUUUCUUUGUCCUGUCAAGUCUUGGUGCUUGAUCUGAACUGGUCUGCAUUGAGCGGUGAAUUGCUCGAUUUCUACCUGCAGUGGGAUUGUUUGGUUUUCGUCCUUUGCGAUUCUGGGUUCCUGCUAGUUAACUGA